AUGGAACAGCUAAACUGGGAGCAGGACGAGCAGGAGCUCAGCCUUGAGCUCACCCUCCGCAUGACCUGGGCGGCGCAGGCGGAGGCGGAGCAGGGCGGCUUCUUCCUCUGCGUCUACUGCGACCGCAAGUUCCGCAGCUCGCAGGCGCUCGGCGGCCACCAGAACGCGCACAAGCACGAGCGCAGCGUCGCCAAGCGCCGGCGGGAGAUCGCCGCCAGCACGCGCGCGCAUGGGGCGGGCGGCGCACCUGCCGCGGCGCAGGACGCAAGGCCGGGCGGGUACGCGGGCGACAGCGACUUCUUAUCGGCGGAUAGGAGGGCGAGGAAAACGGAGGCGCUCAAGGCCGCUCCUCCGAUGCUUGCUGGCAUGGCGCGCAAGCGCGGCAGCGCCCCGUCAGAGUACGCCUACGGCGCCUUCGAGCACGUCGCCGGCGAGGUGGACCUAUCUCUCAGGCUAUGA